AUAUUUUAUGCGAAGACUGCGCUUUACCAGCGAGACACACACCCAGGAAGUGGUGUGUCAUAUGACUGAAGAAAAAUGGCCGCGGUGCAGUGGCGUUCCCGUUGGCGCAAGUAUGAAACUGAGCUACAGAGAUGUCGUCCAGAGGCACUACCUAUAGAAUUUGGAGAUUACCAUCCCCUGAAGCCUAUAUUGGUGACAGAUACAAAGACCCGCCGUGGAGUCCGCAAAGGCAGCACCUCCUCUUCAUCCUCGUCCUCUUCUUCAGUCCCUCCUGACCCCCUCAGCUCUAUGUUGGAUGGGACAGACCCUCUAUCAAUGUUUGCCAGCGAGACUUCAACUGUACCUCGCAGUGGCUCAACAGGGGACCUGGGGAAGAAGAAGAAAGAGGAGGAAGUGGUGGGGCACGACUUUGAGCCAUGGUCGGCAAAGAGAGGAGAGAUCUUAACCCGGUUUACCACCACUGAAAAACUGUCAAUAAAUCUUUGCAUGGGCUCUGACAAAGGAAAAGCUACUAGUCCAGCAUCCUCAGCUGUUUCAGAAAAAGUCCGCACUCGCCUUGAGGAGCUGGAUGAUCUUGAAGAGGGUUCCCAGAGAGAGCUGCUGAACCUCUCUCAGCAGGAUUAUGCCAACCGCAUCGAGGAGUUGAACCAGUCCCUGAAGGAAGCUUGGGCCUCAGACCAGAAAGUCAAAGCUCUCAAAAUAGUCAUUCAGUGUGCCAAGCUUCUGUCAGACACAUCAGUGAUCCAGUUCUACCCAAGCAAGUUUGUUCUAAUUACCGAUAUCAUGGACACAUUUGGUCGACUGGUGUAUGACAGAAUCUGGACUAUGUGUUCAGAGCCACAGCCCUUAUCAGAUGCAUUUACGUGUGAAGAUGUUAAUGACACUGCCAAAGAAACGUGCUUAAACUGGUUCUUCAAAAUUGCCUCCAUCAGAGAACUCCUGCCCAGACUAUAUGUGGAGGCUUCUAUCCUCAAGUGCAAUCAUUUUUUGAACAAAACAGGCAUCUCUACAACUUUACCAAGACUGACAGCUAUGGUUAGAGGCAUUGGAGACCCUUUAGUGGCUGCAUAUGCGAGAGCCUAUCUUUGCCGGGUGGGCAUGGAGGUGGCCCCUCAGCUGAAGGACACUCUGAACACAAACUUUUUUGACCUGCUGAGAACUUUCCGUCAGCUCAGUGGAGAGAGUGUGCAGAACCAGCUGGUCGUUCAGAGAGUGGAGAUGCCCGAGUACCUCACCCUGUACUCCCCUGCUAUUAACUGGAUCCUUCAGUGCAUCGCAUACAGGGCUCCAGAGCCACUACUGACAGAGAUGAUGGAGAGGUGCAAAACAAUGGGGAAUAACGCUCUGUUGCUGAAUUCCGUCAUGAGAGCCUUUAGACCAGAAUUUGUCGCUGCCCGAGCCACUGACUUUAUCGGAAUGAUCAAAGAAUGUGAUGAGGCUGGCUUCCCCAAGCAUCUGUUAUUUGGUUCACUGGGGCGCAGCUUGGCGAGUGCUGACCCCCCUGAACCUGAGAGACUGACCAUUCUUAACGAAGCUUGGAAAGUCAUUACGAAAGUCCGCAGCCCGAGGGAUUACAUCAUCUGUGCUGAGAUCUGGGUGGAGUUUACUUGUCGACAUUUCACAAAACGGGAGGUGAAUACAGUUUUAGCAGACAUGAUCAAACACAUGACUCCUGAUCGAGCAUUUGAAGACGCCUACCCCCAGCUGCAGUCUGUUAUCGGGAAAAUCCUCACCUACUUCCAUGACUUCUCCAUUCUUUUCUCUAUGGAACGUUUCCUACCAUUUCUAGACAUGUUUCAGAAGGACAGUGUGAGGGUGGAGGUUUGCCGGUCCAUCAUGGAGGUUUUUAUUAGACACCAACUGGAGCCCACGAGAGACCCAGUCAUUCUCAAUGCCAUGCUACACAUCUGCAAGACCAUGCAUGACUCUGUCAAUGCGCUGACACUUGAGGAUGAAAAAAGGUCUCUUUCUCUUCUGAUCAUUGGCUUCAUUCGUAUGGUGUCAUUUGGUCGUGAUUUCGAGCAACAGCUGAACUUCUGCGUUGAAUCCAGAUCUACAUUUUGUAACUUGGAGCCCGUUCUGGUGCAGCUCAUUCAUACGGUGAACCAGCUGGCCAUGGAGACUAGGAGAGUGAUGAGGGGCAAUCACUCCAGAAAAACAGCAGCUUUUGUCCGAGCAUGUGCCGCGUACAGCUUCAUCACUAUCCCGUCUCUAAGCAGCAUCUUCAGUCGUCUAAGUCUCUACCUGCUCUCCGGGCAAGUCGCAUUGGCCAAUCAGUGUCUGUCCCAAGCUGAUGCAUUCCUCAAGGCAGCAGUCAGUGUACUCCCGGAGGUCCCUCGUUCCAUAAGCGUUGAGGGCAAACUCCGGUCUUCUGAAAGUUUCCUGCUGGAUUUUAUCAACAACUUCCUGUCCACUUUGCUGGUUGUCCCGGACCACCCGGAGCAUGGGGUUCUGUACUUGGUCCGUGGCCUCCUCAACAUGGUCCAGGACUACACGUGGGAGGACAACAGUGAUGCUAAAGUGCGCGUCUACAUCAGCGCGCUCCCAUUAUUGGCUGCUAUGAGCCAGGAAACCUAUCUCUACUCUAUUCCAAAAAUGGACUCUAAUGAAACACUAUACGGUGGGGACCCGAAGUUUCUCUCAGAGAUCAACAAACUGUGUGAGACUCUAAUUGGACAAGUCCUAGACCAUUUAAAGGCACUUGGUCGAGAAGAGCAGACUGCUCGACGCCAGGGAGCUCUGGCCUUUUCCCUGUUCGGAGUCCUGGUUGCCCACGGUGACCUCCGAAAUAACAAGCUCAGUCAGCUUGCUGUGAACCUAUGGAACCUUAGCCACAAACAUGGAUACUGCGACACCCGCUUCUCUGUUCGUACUUUGGAUCACAUGAAGCAGCAGGCGCAGCAGCUGGAUAUGUCCCACCUGUCUGACACAGUCCAGAGGCUUGCACUGCAAUCUCGCACUUAGACACUCAAGUUCUCAAUGUAAAUAUCAGUUUAAAUGCCUUAAAUGUAUUAUGUAGGUUGUAUUUAACCUUGUAUAUUUUAGUGGGAAGUUGUUCUUUUUUUUUAAAUCAGCUUGGUCAGUCAGCCAUUUGAUUUCUUUAAUAGAAAAUCUAGGAAUGUUGGCUGAUACAUGCCCAAGUGUACUGAGAUUGGCUCAUCAGAUGAAUGAAAGAAAUGAUAUUACAAAUGAAUUACAUACUGCAUACUUAAGAAAGGUGCUGCCCAUGUAUGUUCCAAUAAUCCUAAAUAUUUUGUCAUUUCAAUUCCAUCACUGAUGGAAAAUGUUUUGAAUAUGUAGUUUGUAUCACAUUUUGUGUCACUGUUAAACUAAUUGGUUAGUUAGAUCUGUCCCUGUGCUCUUGCAGUUUUAAAAUGAUCCACAGUCACAGCUGAACCAGGGUUUCCAGUGCCUUAAUCUGCAUAUAGAGGACACGUACAAGUUUCUAGGUAUAUAGAAAGGUCAUGCCUCAUGUGUAAGCUCAGAACCUCGAAAACUCAGAAGGCUGCACUAGCACUGAUUAAUGAGUGGCUGCAGAUACUAGUGUUAGAUAGUAGCAAUUCAGAUGAGUCCUUGAAGGUUUAAACCAACUUGAUUCUGCUUUCUGAUUGUAUAAUCUUGAGAAUCAAAACACCAAAUUAACAACUUGGCCAUCAAGAAUAAAUCAGCAUUCAAAUUAUCUUCAGUAAAAGCAAUAUUUUAUUGGAACAUCUUCCGCUUAUCCGGGGCUGGGUCGCGGAGGGUAGGGCCUCCCAGACUUCUCUCCCCCCAGACACAUCCUCCAUUUCCUCCGGUGGGACCCCAUGAUGUUCUCAGGCCGGCCGAGAGAUAUAGUCCCUCCAGCAUGUCCAGGCUCUUCCUCGGGGCCUCCUCCUGGUGGGACAUGCCUGGAACACCUCCCUAGGGAGUUGUCCAAGAAGGUGUUGAUUUGAACAUGUUGACUCAUCUGUGUCCUCAGAUACAAGGUCAUUUAAAAUCAAAAUCUUGUGUAUGGUUCUUUUUAGGUAUUUGAUAUUCAAGUAGUCUUCUACAAAAACAAAGAUGAUACAUUCUCAAACUCUUCUCAUUUAUUUACUGAAUUAGUGAAAGGCAAACAGUCCCCUUAACCUCAAACAAAUUGACAUUUCAGUAACAAGGGCUGUGAUGUUUGGUCACACACCUACUUCACACAUCCAUAGGUGAUGAGCACAACUUUAUGCCUUUUCAGUCACAUUUUUUUCAUUCACGAAUUAAAAAGAAAGAUGUGAAAUCUUUGGAAAACUGACAGACAUCAAUAUAACGUUUCCCUUUAAAUUGAGGAUCAUAUUGUAAUAGUGCUGUAGGUAAGUAUAUUUCAACACUGCUAGAGUUAAAAUUACACUCUUCUAAUUUUAGAACAAACGUUUUUGUAGAUAGCAGGAUAAGCCAAAAUCUAAAAAUUUCAAUUAAAGAGGGAGUAUUUUAGUUCUAUGGGAUAUGCACUGCUAGCACACCUUUUAUUGUUUUGAAAAUACUAUAUUCACUGAAAAUAAUGUUUUAUAAGUUUAAUUUUACUUUUUGCUCCCUUUGCUCCCCACACAAACUCACUCCUCAUUCACAGCGCUAUUGCAACACAUUCAGCGUGCAUCCUGCUAAUGAAACUACUGCACAUCGCAUCAGGUUUGUUGUGUACAUCGGGAUCUUGUAUAUUUAUGGUGACUGUCCUGUGGGAGCAUGGGUGACGUAGGCAUGUAGGAUGAGCAUUGCAGACCGAUGUCUUACAACUGUAAGGAGGGUUCAAAUGGGAGAGAGAUCGCAAAACUACUAAAACAUGCAUGGAUGACAUCCAAAACCUCUUCCGGCAUAUUGUUGAGGGGACAAUGCCAUAACAUGGUAGAAAGCUAAAAAAAAAAAUCAACAACUAAUACCCCCUCUUUAAAAUGUAAAAUGUUGCAAAUUUGUCCAACAGCCGUUGCUCAAGAUUACUCGAUUGUUACACACUUUUGAGCUAUAGUAGUCACAAAGCAGACAGUUGAAAAUUAAAAUAAGUCUAUGGA